AUGAAUAUUGGUGUUCCGCAUGGCGGCGUCCUCAGUCCUCUGUUGUUCAUCCUCUACAUUGCAAACAUUGACGGCAAUCUUCCUCAUAACAUUCGAGUAUUCAAGUACGCUGACGACAUAGUUAUCUGUGCCUCUGGCGAAGAUACGAGCAGUGCCACUGCAUCCUUAGAAAAUGCCGCCAACAUCGUGAGUAAAAACCUCGAACUAUUAGGCCUCAGUGUUUCAACACACAAAACUAAACUUCUGGUAUUCAAUGGCAAGUGCAACUCUAUUGGUUCAUCCUCCAUUAUGAUAGGUGAUUCAAUCAUUUACAAUUCCUCCUCAGUUAAAUUCCUUGGCGUCCAUCUGGAUCAGAAACUUAAUUUCUCCCAUCAUAUUACUGAGUUAUGUGCACAUACUCGCAAGAUCCUCAAUGUAAUUAAAUUUCUUCGUGGCACCUGGUGGGGUCCUCAUCCCGACACUCUACUUUCCAUCUACAAGGGUCUCAUCCGCUCUAAGAUAGAAUAUUGUCUGCAUAUCUUCUCUCCUCAGCAGCUGGGGCUCCUUCAAAAACUGGAAAGAAUCCCACUAGCAGCCACUAGACUCUCGCUAGGUCUGAGAAACUCCACACCAAUCAACGUCACCCUUGCCGAAGCUAAGCUUCCACCUCUAGCUCUUCGAGCUGAGUACCUUGGUAAAAAGCACAUAACAAAGAUAUUGGUAAACUCUGACCACUUCCUCAAUUGUCUACUUGAUGCAUACCUGACCAGCAUUGACAAUCUCAGUUCUUGGAUUCGACGUCCUACCAACCUUCUUACUCAUAUUGUUCAACUAACCUGGACCUUAAAACCUCUUCUUGUCAACUCUAAGGAGUGCUUGUUUGGGUCUUUUCAAGAACAGUCAGCACUCCCAGAUCUCUGUGACACCACUACGGGGUACACCCUGAAGCAGUCAGAAGAUAUAAAUUCUAAAUUUCAAGAAAUUUUAUCUACUAAAUAUGGCGGUUCCAUCCCAAUCUACACAGACGGUUCUAAAACACCUACAGGAAUCUCAACUGGAACUGCUUGGUUCUGCCCCGAACUUGGACUGGCAGAAACUAUGAGCGUUCACUAUCACGCUUCAGUUUUCACUGCUGAAUGCUUAGCUAUUUCCAGAGCUCUGGACUUGGCUAGGAAUCAUCCUGAUAUGGCCUUCACAAUCUUUACUGACUCGUUGAGCUGCAUCCUGGCCAUUCAGAAUCCGGUCAACUGUCAGUCUCACUUUUACGCAGGAGAAAUCUCCAAUAAAAUCAAUAGCUUUGGUGGGGUUUCCUUCCCACACAAACCCAGACUCGUUUGGAUUCCCUCCCAUAAUGGCCUAACCGGCAACGAAGAGGCUGAUAAACUAGCUAAAAGGGCCACAGAAGUUGCUCACCACCCCUACUGGAAGCUUCCUUCUCAGGACAUGUUCAUAGUUUACGCAUGUCAAAUGUGGGAAACAGCAGAUGCUGCCUGGAAGAAUAAGUCUCAAUCAGGUACUCCGAAUCCGACUGGUGUAAAAUACUUCUCGACAUUCUUUCAAAGCAAGAGAAAGCCUUGGUUCACUGGAAAAAAUUUACCGAGGAUAUUUACCUCGUGGAUCUGUCGAGCUCGCUCGAAUCAUUACAGUCUGGGCGAGUCUCUUUUCAAGAUCAAACAAGCAAGCAGCCCCCUUUGUCGUUGUGGAAUCAUGGAAGACAACCUCAACCACGUGUGGGUCGCAGCCGCAUUAUAUAUAUGUUGGAAAUGA